UUCACUUUUAUUAAGCCCUGCUAUCACCUCCUGGUCCUGGACCCUUUGCUUAACCGAUUUCAUCUACCGUUCCUCAUUGACAAUGGCGGUGACCCUGCGUCGCCUUCUCACAAUCACUCUUAGAACCCCAAACAAUAGCUCACAACCAUUCCUCUUUCUCUCUUCAUCUUCUCAAUCCACUUUUCAACUCGCUCACCGCUCUCUAUCGUCCUCGCCCACUCAAAACCCCGAAAACUUAAACCCACCGCCAGAGCCCCGAAUCCCCGACCACCCAAUCGCAUCCCGAACCAGAACCCCACUCGAGAAGCAGUUCGAGACAUGGGUUCAGAUUUUGAAACCUGGGUUUUCACCCCUCCAAGUCAGCGACGCCUUAUGGGUCCAAUCGGACCCGGAUCUCGCCUUCGACAUCUUCCGCUGGACUGCCCAACAGCGCGGCUACAAGCACAACCACCUCACUUACCUCACCAUGAUCAACAUUCUGAUCGACGGCAGGCGAUUCAGCAACGCCGAGACCUUGGUCGACGAGGUAAUGGCCGGAGCUUGUGAAAUGAGCGUGCCCCUUUACAAUUCCAUGAUUCGAUUCUGCUGUAACCGAAAGUUCUUGUUCAACCGCGCUUUCGACGUGUAUAAGAAAAUGGUAAACUCGGAAGAUUGUAAGCCAACUCUUGAAACUUACAACAUGUUGUUUAACUCGUUACUUAGAAGGUUCAACAAGUUAAACGUCUGCUAUGUUUACUUACGAGCUGUUCGAUCAUUAACGAAGCAAAUGAAAGCUUCGGGUGUGAUUCCUGAUGCGUUUGUGUUGAACAUGAUCAUCAAGGCUUAUUCAAAAUGUCUCGAACUUGACGAAGCGAUUCGGGUAUUUCAUGAGAUGGGGUUGUAUAAAUGUGAGCCAAAUGCUUAUACUUAUGGUUAUAUCACCAAAGGGUUGUGCGAGAAGGGAAGGGUCAGUCAAGGUUUCAGAUUCUACAAGGAAAUGAGGGAGAAAGGGUUGGUGCCUAGUGGCACUACUUUUAUGAUUGUUAUAUGUAGUUUGGCUAUGGAUCGAAGAUUUGAUGAAGCGACUGAGGUUGUGUUUGACAUGUUGGGUUGUUCGAUGUCUCCUGAUUUUUUGACUUACAAGACAUUGUUGGAAGGGUUGUGCCGUGAUGGGAAAGGCGAUGAAGCUUUGACACUUGCUGAGGAGUUCAGACAGAAAGAUGGGUUGAUGACCUCAAAGACUUACAAUAAUUUGUUGAAUCAAUUGCAUUUUACAAGUCGUGAUUAGAUUCAGUUCAGAUAUCGUGGAACGCCAUUACAUGUAGUGAAAUACAGAUACUUGAGUUCAAUGGAGAAUGCCUAUGCUAUGCCUCAUCAUCAUGUGAGAGGUCUUUGAGCUGAGCCCGAGAGUUGCUCUUUUGACCUUUCAAGAACAUGUUGUCCAUUUCUUCUUGAAGAUUAUUGUACAUUGAAUCAACUUUAUAUAUAUUGUCUUUACAAAAUAAAGAUUUAUGAUUCUGAUUUUCUAGUGUACAUGUAAUGAUACAAGGAACUAUGAAGAAGGGUUUUAUUUUUUUUUUUUUACCUCA